UCUGGCGGCGCCGGCGCCAUUUUGCCGGAGCUUGCGACCCAGUGGGAGUGGAGCGAGUCCCCAGCUUGUUGUUACGGGCUCUCUCCCCUUUCCCACGGUCCAGACAGCCAAGUUGACUUAGGCCGUCGGCCCUCGCGCCGAGACUUGUCUCUUAGUUAGUUCUGUGGAGCGCCUGGCCGACAUGAGUGAUGUAGAGGAGAACAACUUCGAGGGCAGAUGAGCGGCCGCGUCUCUGUCGGAACCGGCGGCGUUGCGUCUAUAAAGGGCGAAAAGCCUUGAGGUUGGAGGUGGGACGAGAGCCUAAUGAAGUGGUUAAUGUUCGUGAAGAAAUUGAAGAGUUUUUUCCAAGAAUGUGGAAGAUAAAUCAAGAUAAAAGAAGGCUAAUGAAAAGUAUUAAAGAUCAGAAAAUUAAAAUUGAAUGGGGGAAAAAUUUGAACAGAAGAUUGGUCAGAUAGAAGCACUUGAAUAUUUUUAAGGCUAUUUUGAAUUGUUUGAAUUGGGGAAGAAUACACGAAGUAUGAAAAAUGAAAAACUCAAUGAAGAAUGAAGAGAAGUAGAAAGCAAGAGUGAAGUAGAAUUAAAAGAUCUGGAAGAAUGAAUGGGUCCUAGGUUAAGUAAAUGUAUGGUUUAUGUUCCAGUGUCUGUAUGAUCAAGUUGUAGAUGAAUUUGCAUGAUUACUUAGUUAAUAGAAAAUUGGUGAUCUGGUUCAAGUAGGGAAUUACUGAGGACAGUUAGCAGUAUUAACAAUGGGCUAUUAAUGAGCUGAAAUUUUUUUCUGGAGGGUAUUGCCUAACCAUUUGUUUUUCAGGAGCAAUCAAUAUAAAUAAUUACGGUACUUUAAAUGUUAGGUGUUAGGCAUCUAUAUGACCAGUGCCAUUUGUAAUACUGUCUUCUUUGUUAGGAGUCUCGCUCUCAGUCAAAAUCUCCAACGGGUACUCCUGCUCGUGUAAAAUCGGAGAGCAGGUCAGGAUCUCGUAGUCCAUCAAGGGUUUCCAAACACUCUGAAUCCCAUUCUCGAUCAAGAUCAAAAUCCAGGUCAAGGUCAAGGAGGCAUUCUCAUAGACGAUACACUCGAUCCAGGUCUCACUCUCACAGGAGAAGAUCUCGAAGUAGGUCCUAUACACCAGAAUACCGGCGACGGAGGAGCCGAAGUCACUCUCCAAUGUCUAAUCGGAGAAGACAUACAGGCAGCAGGGCGAAUCCAGAUCCCAACACUUGUCUGGGAGUGUUUGGCCUCAGUUUGUACACAACAGAGAGAGAUCUUCGUGAAGUAUUUUCUCGAUACGGACCAUUGAGUGGUGUCAAUGUGGUUUAUGAUCAACGUACUGGGCGAUCACGUGGAUUUGCUUUUGUGUAUUUUGAGAGAAUAGAUGACUCCAAGGAGGCUAUGGAAAGAGCAAAUGGAAUGGAGCUGGAUGGAAGAAGAAUUCGCGUGGAUUACUCUAUCACCAAGAGAGCACAUACACCUACACCAGGCAUCUACAUGGGCAGACCAACUCAUAGCGGUGGUGGAGGUGGCGGUGGAGGUGGUGGUGGAGGUGGCGGUGGUGGCAGACGUCGUGAUUCUUACUAUGAUAGAGGAUAUGAUCGAGGGUAUGACAGAUACGAAGAUUAUGAUUAUCGGUACAGAAGAAGAUCACCUUCUCCUUAUUAUAGUCGAUACAGAUCCCGAUCAAGAUCUCGUUCUUACAGCCCAAGACGCUAUUGAUCAUGGAAUGAUUGCAAUUAAGGAUGCUAUUUUGCUUUCUUUUCUUUUUUUUAAUCCUGGGUUUCCCCAAGCUUCUAAAUCUUUCCUACUCCUU